AUGAAUUUAGGAAUAGAUUAAAUAAUCCCUCAUUUGUGCAGUACCAUUGGGAAUUCUACUUAAUCAAUUAUUUUAGACGACUGCAUAUUGGAGUUUCAAAAAUAUUUGGAGAAAGUAAUUCCAAGUUAUUUUUAAGACUCCUAAGCUAAGAAAUUGGUUUUUAAAGACCAAAUGACUACCAAUAUGAUAAGUAUGUCUUUGUUAUGUGAUCAUAGCUUCACUUUUGGGAUUGACAAACCAAUCAAAUUUUAUGAAACCUUAUGAAAAAGAAAUGACUACUACGACUCUUAAUAAAUUAUAUAAAAUUGUAGAAGAAAUAUCACAGCAUGACAAAAUCCGAAUUUUGAUUAAUUAAACUAUAUUAAAUAUAGAACGAGAUACCAAUCGAAUAUUAUAGGAUUUAUAAGAUUUAUUUUAAUUACUAUUCUCUUCGAAAUCUUGUGGUAAAAUGAUACUAUUACAAUAAUUUGAUUAAUACAUAAGAAAAUUACAACAAUAUACAUUUUUUUGGGAAAAUCUAAUUUUAUUAGAAAACUAGCAAGCAACCAUCAAAAUUUAGAAGGAUUCAUUAAUAAAGGAAACUGAUCUACUCAAUAAAAUAGAACUAUGGAAAACUACUUUCAUACAAGAAAAAAAUCAAAUUUCAUCAUCCAAACCCUCCUCACUCAUUUUAGACCAAAAGAAACUCAUUUAAACGUAAUCCCUCUAAUAAAAAAAUAUCCUUAAGGCUUUGCAACAAUAUUCUGGACUCGGCCUUUAAAAGAACUAAUUACAAUCAAUCGCCCUAUUUGAAGAUCUAGCCAAAUAGGGAAAUACCUUAGCCAAAGCUAUCUUGGGUUAAUUAAUUUUGGAAGGCCAAUUUUGUGAAGGAGAUUAUGAAAAAGUAAUAAUAUUAAGGCUAUUUGUAUAGGCUUACUAAUACUUUUCAGAGUGUGCUGACCAAAAUUGUCCAAUUGGCAUUUAUUUUAUGGCAAAACUAAUAUUAGUAACCAUAUUCUUAAAAUUAAUUUAAGGAAGGCAAAGUCUAAAAUAAAGUAUUUGGAGAAGCCUAAAAAUCAACCAGUAAAUUCGAUAAUCCAAAAAAUACUAGGGAUGAUGAGUGCCAAUUUGCAAUUUCUAUGCUUAAACUAGCUUCUGAUGCAGGACAUGUUGAAUCGCAGAUUUAUUUGGGAGACUUAUAUUGUUAGGGACACAAAUUAGAUGAUUGUAUAAACAACUUAAUAUUUGUAGUUAUUUUGGAAAGUGAUUACUCAUAAUCUGAGAUCUAUCUCAAACAUGCUAGAAAACAGGACAAUGUGGAAGCCAAAUAUAAAUUGGCUAAACUCUAUUAAAAAAUGUACAAAAUAUCCAUUUACAAAGUAUUUUAUCCUAAAUAUUUGAAAGAAUAGGAUACAAUUUGUUUAUCAAUUGUUAUUGGAGGCUAAAAAUAAUGAUUACUUACCUGCCUAUUAUGAUUUGGCCAAAAUAUUAAUUGAAGGUAUUAAGGAUGAAGUGCAGCCAAAUCAAAUGAUGGCGGAAUUGAUUUUGGAACAAGGGGCAAUGAAGGGUAAUAUUGACUGUGCUAGGCUAAUGUUAGAAAGAAAAUAUAAUAAUUUAGUUAUUAAUAAAAUCAACAUACCUAUGUUUCUGCAAUUAUUGGAUUCUUUUGAUUAAAUAUAGAAUAAGGCUGAGAAUCUAACAUUUUAUUAUAGAGGUAAAAUAGCACAGAGCGAAAAUAAUAAUUAAUUUGCUAAUUAAUUAUUUAAGUAAUUAUAGGGUUUAUCAAUUAUUAGUUUAGGUGCUAAUUUGGGUUGUUCUAAGUGCAAAUUGGAGUUGAGCUAAUGUUCGAAAAAAGAUUAAAUAAAAAAGAAAGAGGGAGAGAAACCAGAAGUAUUUUAAGCUAACCUUGGCUUUUUGUAAUUGGUUAAGUAAAGCGAUUGGAAAUCAAGGUUCAGAAAGUAAAGUAUAUUUUCAAAUCCAUUUAAUGCUUCAUAAAUUGAAAAUGAUCAAUCAACAUUGUAAAUGAAAAAUAAUUAAGUUUUAGUUAAGCUAGAAUGACAUCUAGUAUCAUAAAAACUAUAGAUAUAAAUGAAGCAGAGGAUAAGAGAUAACGAGUGAUCUCAGAUUAUACUGGAUUUUCAAAGUAAUAAGUUUCAGACUAAAGUAUAUUGUUGUCGAAUUUGAGAGCUAAACCAAACGAAUAGACCCAAAUUAAUUCAAAUAAUUAGAUUCAGGAAUAAAAGUAAAGAAAAUCAUCAUAAUUUACAAAAAAAGAAAAACCCAGGUUUUUGAGACACUUAUCUUAGCAUGCUAUUCAUUCAUAAUCUUAAAAUGUAUUAAAUAUUUAAAAUGAAUGA